UGCGCAAGUCCGGGUCCGGGGCCGCCGCCGCGGCAGCCCCUCCGCACCGCGAGGGGACCCUGGGCGUCUUGGCCCCUCCGCGCCGCCGUCUUUUCCGGCAGUUGGGACGCUUCCUGUUGUCCCGCUGACAACGGCUCCUCAGGCCCCGACCUCGGAGCCCCCUCGAACGCCCCCUCGGGUCCGGGCCAGCGGCCGCCGCUGGAUCUUCGCCCGGCCGCUCGCACGUCGGGAGGACUGCGGGCCGCGGCUCGCCCCGGGCUCGGAAGCCAUGGCCAUGACAGGUUCAACACCGUGCUCAUCCAUGAGUAACCACACAAAAGAACGAGUGACAAUGACCAAAGUGACACUGGAGAAUUUUUAUAGCAAUCUUAUCGCCCAGCAUGAAGAACGAGAGAUGAGACAAAAGAAGUUAGAGAAAGUGAUGGAAGAAGAAGGCCUAAAAGAUGAAGAGAAGCGACUCAGGAGGUCUGCACAUGCUCGGAAGGAAACAGAGUUUCUGCGUUUGAAGAGAACAAGACUUGGGUUGGAAGAUUUUGAAUCCUUAAAAGUCAUAGGCAGAGGAGCAUUUGGUGAGGUGCGGCUUGUUCAGAAGAAGGAUACCGGGCACGUGUAUGCAAUGAAAAUCCUUCGUAAAGCAGAUAUGCUUGAAAAAGAGCAGGUUGGCCACAUCCGUGCGGAGCGAGACAUUCUAGUGGAGGCGGACAGUUUGUGGGUUGUGAAAAUGUUCUAUAGUUUUCAGGAUAAGCUAAACCUCUACCUAAUCAUGGAGUUCCUGCCUGGAGGAGACAUGAUGACCUUGUUGAUGAAAAAAGAUACUCUGACGGAAGAGGAGACUCAGUUUUAUAUAGCAGAAACAGUAUUAGCCAUAGACUCUAUUCACCAACUUGGAUUCAUCCACAGAGACAUCAAACCAGACAACCUUCUCUUGGACAGCAAGGGCCAUGUAAAACUUUCUGACUUUGGCCUUUGUACAGGUCUGAAAAAAGCACAUAGGACAGAAUUUUAUAGGAAUCUGAACCACAGCCUCCCUAGUGAUUUCACUUUCCAGAACAUGAAUUCUAAAAGGAAAGCAGAAACCUGGAAAAGAAAUCGACGUCAGCUGGCCUUCUCCACAGUAGGCACUCCUGACUACAUUGCUCCCGAGGUGUUCAUGCAGACCGGGUACAACAAGCUCUGUGAUUGGUGGUCCCUUGGCGUGAUCAUGUAUGAGAUGCUCAUCGGCUACCCACCUUUCUGUUCUGAGACCCCGCAAGAGACAUAUAAGAAGGUGAUGAACUGGAAAGAAACCUUGACUUUUCCUCCAGAAGUUCCCAUCUCCGAGAAAGCCAAGGAUCUAAUUUUGAGAUUCUGCUGUGAGUGGGAACAUAGAAUUGGAGCCCCUGGAGUUGAGGAAAUCAAAAGCAAUUCUUUUUUCGAAGGUGUUGACUGGGAACAUAUCAGAGAGAGGCCUGCUGCAAUCUCUAUUGAAAUCAAAAGCAUUGAUGAUACCUCAAACUUCGAUGAGUUUCCAGAGUCUGAUAUUCUUAAGCCAACAGUGGCCACCAGUAAUCACCCCGAGACCGACUACAAGAACAAAGACUGGGUCUUCAUCAAUUACACGUACAAGCGCUUCGAGGGCCUGACCGCCCGGGGCGCCAUUCCGUCCUACAUGAAAGCGGCCAAGUAGGGCGCAAUGGUGGGAUGGGACGCGGAGCAGAGGUCCUGGGCCGGCGGCUGGCGGCUGGCCUCCACCCUUUGAAAGAGCUUCCGAGCCACUGUGUCACGAGCUUCCUGACACACACUGGGAGAGCAAAGAACCAGCUCUGCUCCAUUGGCGGCAGGCAGCUUCCUCAGAGGCAUCGGGAGCCUCUUGCUAGGUGUUUUCAAAAGGACUUGGAUUUCCUGCAGCUCAUCAAAUGAAGGAGAGAAACAGCCAUGGUCCAGCAUUACCGAGACUAACGUGUACUCUGCCAAUUCCUCUGCCGUGGUGACACCACGCUCCCUGCCAAGCCCGUGGAGUAUUUCUUUCCUCUGAAUAUUCAGCUACAAGUCUCACAGUAGUACAGGAGCACAGCAAGGACGAGUGUGUCAGCAGCCAACGGGACCCCCGUCCUGGGUGGGAGGGGAGCGAGGCCCGGGAGCGGCUUUCCCAGCCUUCGCUCAUGGUGCACUUUACUCAUGGUACUAGGACUCUCCGACUUAGCCCCUCCCUCCCUCCCUCCCUCUCUCCGGAGUGCUACGGCCACUGUUACCCUUUGAAGGCCGAAGCCACUGGCACCGCCAAGGAGUGUGGUCCCGCGGAAGCCCGCCCUCCCUCCUGGUGCAGCAGGAGAUCCCUCGAUGGAUGUCCCUGACCAGCAUUGCCUCAGAGAGCUGCCGGCAGGACCUGCGCAUGCCUGGGGACAGAGCCAGGAGCCUCCGGCAAAGGACACAGCCAGCCCCCUCCUCGGCCCUGGUGCAGCUGUGUUGGCUUCUCUCGGUAUUUCUUUCCUGACUAGCCAUUUUGCCUUGGAAUCACGAGGACAGAUUUCCCCCUUGCUGAUGCCUUCCUGAGGGCACCUGUCCCGCCCGAGCUGCCUGCAGCUGGGCCCGGCCUGGCCUCCGCGGUGGCCUUCUCCGUGAGAGACUGAAUUUUAGCACCAAGUGCCUUCUCCGCCACAGCCACAGCCGCCAUUAGGACAUUUGCUGUGGCAGAAAAAUGUAGAGGGUUCCAUAUGAAUGCAUUACUUCUUUUUUUUUUGUCUUGUUUUGAUAACUCUUAAAGCAUCAUUGCACCUGCGUGGUGACUGCCUGCCAAGAGGCCCCGCCCUGCCCCACCCCGCCCCGCCCCGCCCCGCCCCAGGUUGUGCGGGCCAGCUUGCCCAGCCCGCCCAGCCCAGCCAGCCUUUCCGAAAGGAGAGCCACUGUCAGCUGCAGUGAAGCUGCUAUGUGGGUGGGGAUGUUGGCCCUUUACUCUUCUUCGUAGCCUGUUAGAGGAAGUCAGUGAGGUUCAUCUGUUUAUCUCCUUAGCCUCUUUUCUUUUAGCUGGGGACCUGUGUGAUGAGAAUGGAGAGUGCGGAAGUAACUAAAUAGCGCUAGUCUGUGGUGGGUGGCAGGGGAUGGUUUGUUUUUAGGGUAAAUGACCACAUUUUAACUGUUAAACUUCUGAAUAAACUGUGAAAACAGCAGUGGGAAUCUGU